AUGCUAAAUAUCUCACCAGCUGACAUCGUCAUCCUCAAACUACCCUCGGGCCAGCACAAACCCAUCAACCUCAAAGACCACAGCUCAGUCUGCUCUCUCGGCAAGUUCGGUGCCUUCGAGACAAAGCAUCUCGUCGGCAAGCCAUAUGGCCACACCUACGAGGUCAAUAAAGAUAGAUCCCUCUCUCUCGUCUCUCAGCGAGUCCACAUAAACCCACUCGAUGAUAGUGGCAAUAAUGAAUUCAUUAUCGAUGCAAACCAAAGCAAUCAGGCACUCUCACAAGAAGAAAUCAUGGCCCUGCGUCAAGCAGGCGACAGUGAAGCCCUCAUUCAAAAGCUCAAGGACAAUAAUAAAUCCUUUGACCUCAAGACAGACUUCUCCAAGGCCAAGUAUGAAGCUAAGAAGCUCGCAAAAUACUCACCUCAAUUCACAGCAAUCGAGCCCAAUGCCCUCGGUGUCUUGACCUGGCUCACGGAAAAGGACUGGGAGAGCGUUUCCUUCCUCACUGCAGAAUCCUUGGCGUAUAUGCUCACUGCUGGUGAUGUACGGCCAGGUGCGCACUACCUCGUUGCAGAGAGCAUCAGUGGCUUGCUCGUGGCUGCCUUGCUCGAACGCGGUGCCAUUGUCACCUUUGUCCACGAGACAGAAGCACCUACCCUCGAUAACCUCAAAUACUUUCCGCACUUGGACGAACUAGCAUUAAAGAAGCAAGGCAGGUUAUUUGCCAUGAACUGGCAUGAAGCGGCGUAUCCAGAUGAAGUGAUUGCUGAACUAGAAGCCUAUGUCGCUGCACGCAAAGACUCUACCAUCCACAAGGAUGAGGAGAAAGUGGCACGCAGGCAAGCACGGAUAGAGCAACUCAAACUCUACCAACAACGAAGCUUUGAUGGACUCUUCCUCAUGACUGAGACAACUGCCACCUCCACCCUCCCAUUGCUCUUACCCAAAUUGGGACUCAGUCGCAAAGUAUGCAUCUACAGUCCAACCAGAGAACCUUUGCUCGCUGUACGGCAAUUGCAUAAUCAACCAUUACUCGGUCAAGCCAUUGUCGAGCUGCGAGCUAGAGAGAUCCAAGUCUUACCUGGCCGGACACGCCCAGUAAUGACGAAACGCGGCGAAUGGGGUUACAUCUUCCAUGCCAUCAAAAUUGAACGACUACCAGAGACGGUGGCGACUGGUGUGAAGCCUGCCAAGAAGCUCAAUCGACCCCGAGCAGAGGAGACCGCAGAGACCACGGAUAGUGAGCCCGCUGCCAAGAAGCAUCGGGAUGCUUAA